UGAAGACUCCCCAAAGGCGAAGCCCCAGGGAAGGCUAUACAAAAAGCUGGAUAGAAGGCUAAAGUCGGAGGACAGAUCUCAAAUGGAGCACCGCAGGCACCGAUACAGGCCCGACGGGAUAAGAGCGAAGAAGAACGCGGCGCCGCCAAGAGUUAUCGCAACAAACAGUUGCGCCCGAUGGCUCGUUCGACGACCGGUAGCAGCGAGCAGCUCAAAACCGUCGACAGCAGUCCCAGCGUCCUGCCAGGUAACCCCGACGACGACGAAAACGACGACUACGGCAUCUACGACGCCCCGUACACGGACCGCAACUGGAUCUACGUCGACGAAAGGGAAGAAGUCGUCACCACAAACGCACACCUCUCGCCAACAGAUCAAGAAUCCAGCAGACGAGAAUCAGUCUCGAGCACAGAAUCCGAACAAGACUUUCGCAAAAGAUAUCAAGCCGUCACGCAUCGAAUGGUGCAUCGAAAAUCUUGUUUAGAAAUGUACAAACGACAAAUCUUAAAGUCUUUUGAAUGUGACAAAACCGUAAUCGUUCGCCGCGAGUCCGGUGAAUUCGGGUUUCGAAUUCACGGUUCGAAACCGGUGGUCGUCUCCGCCAUCGAACCGGGAACUCCUGCGGAAUCAUCCGGAUUAGAAGUAGGAGACAUCGUCCUAUCUGUAAACGGGGUCAGUGUCUUGGACAAGAGCCACUCCGAGGUAGUCAAAAUUGCCCACGCCGGGAGUGAUAUCUUGAAAUUAGAGGUAGCAAGGACUUGUUACGCGCUGAAUACAGCCAAAGAGGAACAUUCCAAUUCGGGCGCCCUCUACAACGGCUAUCUGUGGAAACUCAGCGGGUAUGCUAGCGGAACGACAACAAACAAGUGGAUACGAAGAUGGUUUUGUCUCAAGCAAAACAACUGCCUUUAUUAUUAUAAGACUGAUGCUGAAAAACAACCUGUAGGUGUAGUAAUGCUAUUUGACCAAGAAAUAAACAGACUCAGCGACGAUGAAGGAGGAUUAUCAAAACCGCACCGAUUUGUUAUCCAACGGCAAGGAGGUGUACCCCUCCAUCUGGCGGCGGAUACCGAGAAUGCGAAAAAUAGAUGGGUAGAAGUAAUCUUAAAAGCCAUUAGCGAUAGUCAAAUAGUAGACGAGUUCAUAGAAGAGACGAAGAGGAACUUGACGCUGCCGCCGAGUGCGAUGAACCAGACGGAUUGUUUUGGGUACCUUAUUAAAUUGGGUAAUCAAUGGAAAUCUUGGAGCCGACGGUACUGCGUGCUCAAGGACGCCUGUAUGUUUUUCUAUGUGGACGCGAAUGCCAAAAAUGCUUUCGGUGUUGCUUAUUUGCAUGGAUACAGGGUACAGCCAGCGUCGGUCAGCAAAAAACACGCAUUCGAACUAAUACCCCCUGAUCCAGGCAAAAAACAUUACUAUUUCCACACAGAAUCAGAUGCGGAUAGAAAGAGGUGGAUUACAGCCUUAGAAUAUUCUAUCGACAGGUGGCUAAAAAUCUCACAAUGAAAGACUUCAAUAUAAAUAUUUAAUCUUGUGUAAGCUGUGCGUUUUUGUUAGAUGCCAUUGUUUUUACGUGUUUAUAUAAAUUAUAUCACCCAGAGAAAAAUAAUGUACAGAAAAUUUAUUGCAUGUUUUUUAUUGCAGAUCAUUUAUUGCUCAAAUUAUGGAUUAAUGUUUGUAUUUGUUUAUAGAUUUAUUUAUACAUAAAAAAUUACAAAAAUAAAAUGUGCACUGCCAAGAAUUAAAUGUUAAAUAAAAUACAAAACAAUUUUUCUAACAAGGGAUCUUUUUAUUGUCAUGAGCGGUUCAGCUGCAAGUAAAAUCAUUGUAACCUUAUUGUUGAAAAUUGAAGCAAUCGGUUGCAAUUGAUUGAACUUUUUUGGGCGUUUACGUAAAAACAGUUGUUCUUCUGUCACCUAAAAAAUAUGUGAAAAAUCAACUUAAUAGUAUUAUAACAAUCGAUGGACGACGUCUUCAGUUAUGAGUCUGGCACUAUCAAGUCAAAUAUGAGAAGAUUACUUACCUUGUACUAAUCCUAC